CGGGCCCGGGCCGGGGGAGAGGGACACGGGGGCGGGCUCGGCCCGCGCAAGUUCCUGCUUCUUUGGAACAAAGAAAACUCUUGUCUCCCGGCGUCCGUCAGUCCAUCCGUCCCUUUUGGGCUCGGGGCUAGCGGCCCCCUCCUCGCACGGAGCAGGCACACCCCCCCCCCGCAGCUUCCCCAAGCCCCCCAGGACCUGCCCGGACGAGGGACCCCGCAACCUUCCGCUGGGGGUCCGGGGCGGCCAACAUGGAGCCCAUUCCCUGGGAGGGCAGGCUCGUUUAAAGACCAGACCCUGGCCCCCGAACCCCCACCUCGGGACUCGGGGAGGGGGUCCUAAGCACGCCGGAUCAAAGCCCCGGGCAGGGGGGUGGAAAAGAAACUUUUUUCUGCCAUUGGACACGUUUGACCCCUGUAAGAACCCUGGACAGCCCAAGCAUGUCAGAUAGUGACCUGGGUGAGGAAGAAGGGCUGACCUCCCUGGACCUAACCCAGGCAGGCAAGAGGAAGAGGAGGGGGAACCUCCCAAAGGAGUCUGUCAAGAUUCUCCGGGACUGGCUAUAUGAGCACCGCUUCAAUGCCUAUCCCUCAGAACAGGAAAAGCUGAGCCUUUCUGGGCAGACAAGUCUGUCUGUGCUGCAGAUUUGCAACUGGUUCAUCAAUGCACGGCGGCGCCUUCUCCCAGAUAUGCUGAGAAAGGAUGGCAAGGACCCCAACCGUUAUACCAUUUCCCGCCGUGGUGGCAAAGCAUCUGAUGUGGCCAUGCCGCAGGGUUCAAGUCCCAGCAUGAUGGCACCAGGGUCCACUCCGGCCCCCUCUAAAAUGUUGUCAUUGUCUGUAUGUUCAUCUGCACUCUCUUCCUCUUCAUCCCCAGUUGGGGCUCAUCUCUCUGGCUCUGGAGCUGAGAGUGAAAGUCCACCUCCUCUUUUGGGUAGUGGGGAGCCACAGCCCCUCCCAGGCACUGGCAGCACACUCACCCUGCUGGCCAGGGCACAGGCUGGAAGCCCAACCAGUGGACUCUUUAAUACACCACCCCCUACGCCCCCAGAGCACUAUGGAGAGGACUUUAGCAGCUUUCAACUGCUGGUGGAAGUGGCCCUACAGAGAGCAGCUGAGCUUGAAUCACAGAAAAAAGAUCUGUUUUCUCCUUCAUGGCAUGCUGAGCUCCCUUUAGUAGCCACUAACCCUAAGUAGUCCUUGAAAAAGGCCUUCAGAACUUGGUAGGAGACAGCUAGCUGCUCCUCUUCCAUGUUGUUGUUGUUUUUUUAUUACUGUUGUUCAUUGUUUGGGGUCUUUCCUUUUACCUUAGGGGUCUCCACCACCUGUUGGGAUUGCCCUCUCCCAGUGGGAACACUUGAGUGUUUCACAUUGUGACACAGAAUCUCCUCCAUCUCCCCUGCUGCACUCUCAACACUAGGAUCAUCUGCAGGCUAGAAGUUGGACCAAGAAAACUGAGAUGUGUCUAGGUCAUCUCCUGCACUUCUGGCUUUGGGAAACAUGAUGCUUCCACUUUGAAGAAUUCCUACUUUGCCCCUGGGCACUCUAGUUUCUUCUUAAAUUCAUUCCACCAAAUAGAACCACCAUGUAUAGGGCUUGGGAUAAGCCUAUCUCCAGCCCUUUUUUAUCUCUGUCGGCUAAGGUCUAUUAAACUGACAAGCCUACAGAGAUACAAAGAAAGAAAAAUACUAUCUUGAGCAGAUCAGUGACCAGGUUCAGAAAAAAAAUUCCAAAGGGUUUAUUUUGAAGAAAAUACCUUUUGUUUGUUUGGGGGUUUUAUUAUUAUUAUUAUUUUUGGUUGUUGUUGUUCCUGUGUCUUGCGUCUUUGCUGAUACAAAGGGUAAAAAAGACAGCUUCCAGAAACCAGGCAGCUGGAGUAAUCCAAAUGACAUGAGGCUAUGGAAUUGAUGAAUAUUGUUUAUCUUUCCUUCUUGGCAAAAAGGGAUAAAGAAUCUCUUGAGAUGGGGUAACUUGCAUUUAAAAAAUUGAAUACCUUGACUUUUAAGGUAGUAGUCAUUAUCCUGAAAAGUUGUGGAAUGUUGCCUUCCCCCCCUCAAAAAAAAAAAAAAAAAA